AUUAUUGUUGUUCAUGUGUUUAGGCAGUGGUAAUAAGACACGACUACGAUUGAAUCCAAAAACAACAACAAAAAAAAAGAGGAUUUUUUUUUCGUCAAAGAAUCAAAGUUGAUACAUUUUAAUUAAUUAAUUCAUAUGAAUGAAAAAUGUAGAUUUUUUUUUUGUUUUUUUUCUUUGGUUAAAAAAUUCAUCAUUAAGAAUCAAGAAUCGAAUACGAAUCAUCAUAGAUGGAAACGUUAGACACGUUUGUUUGUUUUCAUAAAGAACCAACGAAAAAAAUGAAUUAUCAACAUUCUUCUCUGUAAUCAUCAUUUUAAUCUUGUUUGUUUGUUUGUUUAUUUAAAUAUAAUAAGUGUGUUUAUCUAUAGAAGAAAACCCUCAGAAAAAAACAUUUGUUCAUAAUUUGUUUCGUUUCUCGAAUCAUCUAGUCUUUUCGGUUUCAAUCUAAACCAUCAUCAUCAGUAUCAUCAUCACCCAUCACUUAUCAUCACUUAUUCGAGUUAGUUUCUUUUUGUUGAUAGGGGAGGGGGUGUUUUUAUCAUCCUAAACAUCAUCAAACAUGUAUAAUAAUGAUGAUGGACAUGAUAUUCAUAGCUGUCAACGAAAAUAUCAUAAAAUUUAUCCAUCAUCAACGUUUAGAAUGAAUAAUAAUAAUAAUAAGAAAAUGUUCAUCUAUAAUGUCAUUCUGUUACUUAUAAUUUGUACCAAAACAGUUGUUGUUGGUGGUCUACUUUGUCACUGUGAUAUAUGCGAAAAAAACAACAAUACCUGUGAAACGGAUGGUGUUUGUGCUGCAACACUUUAUAAAGAAUCCGGUAUAAUACGUACAUCAUAUAGAUGUUAUGACAAAAGAGAUCUACUACCACCUGAAAAUCCGGUACAUUGUCAAUAUUCAAAACGUUUACAACGAAAUGUCGAUAUACAUUGCUGUGUAGAUAGAGAUUAUUGUAAUAAAAAUUUUCAUUUUAAUCCACAAUUAUUUAAUACUGAUGAUGAUCAAGAUUUUGAUUCUGUUGCAUCAAAUUAUUUUACCAAAAAUUUAUCAAUCAUUAUCAGCAGUUUGGCCAUAUUAUUCUGUUUGAUAAUCAUAUUAAUAGUCAUAAUAGUAUAUCGUCGUAAAACACAAAUUAAAACGAAAAAGAAACAUUUUAUCAAUGAUGUUGAAGGUAGUGUUGCAAGUCGUGAUCCAUUAAUACCUGGACCAUUAUUAAAAGAUUUAUUGGAUCAUACAUCAUCUGGUUCCGGCUUACCAUUACUUGUACAACGUAGUAUUGCUAGACAGAUACAAUUAUUGGAAAUUAUUGGUAAAGGUCGUUUUGGUGAAGUAUGGCGAGGUAAAUGGCGUGGUGAAUGGGUUGCUGUAAAAAUAUUUUCAUCACGUGAUGAACAAUCAUGGUUUCGUGAAGUUGAAAUAUAUCAAACUGUUAUGCUUAGAAAUGAUAAUAUUCUUGGAUUUAUUGCUGCUGAUAAUAAAGAUAAUGGAACAUGGACACAAUUAUGGCUUAUCACCGAUUAUCAUGAACGUGGAUCAUUAUUUGAUUUUUUAAGUAAAAAUACUGUCGAUAUAGCCGGAAUGUUAAAAAUGGCAUCAUCAAUUGCAAAUGGUUUAGCUCAUUUACAUAUGGAAAUCCUUGGUACACAGGGUAAACCGGCUAUUGCACAUCGAGAUUUAAAAUCAAAAAAUAUUUUAGUAAAAAUGAAUGGAACAUGUGCUAUUGCUGAUCUUGGUUUAGCUGUUCGUUAUGAUUCAUUAACAAAUUCGGUUGAUAUACCACCGAAUCCACGUGUAGGAACUAAACGUUAUUUAGCACCUGAAGUACUUGAUGAAUCAAUCAAUAUUAAUCAUUUCGAUUCAUUCAAACGUGCAGAUAUCUAUUCAUUUGGUCUUUGUAUUUGGGAAAUUGCACGUCGUUGUAAUGUUGGUGGAAUAUAUGAUGAAUAUCAAUUACCAUAUUUUGAUGUUGUUCCAUUUGAUCCAACAAUUGAUGAUAUGAAAAAAAUUGUCUGUACUGAACGACAACGGCCACAAAUACCGAAUCGUUGGCAAUCAUGUGAGGCAUUAAGAAUAAUGUCAAAAAUAAUGAAAGAAUGUUGGUAUCAUAAUGCUGCUGCCAGAUUAACAGCAUUACGAAUAAAGAAAACGAUUGUUAAUCUUGAAGCACAAGAAGAUCUCAAAAUGUGAUUUGUUUUCGAUUUGAUUUGAUUGAUUGAUUAAUCAUCAAUACUGCUAACUGCUAAUGGCAAAAAAAUUGAUGCAUAAAUAAAAGACAUAAUAUAAUUUGCAACAAGAAAAUAACAUAAUCAACCAAACCCACCCACAAUCAUUAUCACUUAAAAAAAACAAUACAAAUUUGUUCAAAACAAAAAUUUUUUUUCAAUUGUUAAUGAGAAAAUUGAAUAUUUUCACAAUCUAACCACCCAUCAUCACCUGUAGCCAUAAUUCUGUUUUUUUCAUUUUUUUUGUUAUUUUCUGGAUUAUCAAUGAUUCAACAUGCAUGCAUUCAAAUCAACA